AUGCACGGCGUCAAACGUGCACCCAAAUCAGCCGCUACCGCAGAGGCUCGUGCGGCUCGCAAAGCCAAAGAAGCCGCCAAGCUCGCUUCCUACCUCGAUAUCGAACGCACCUUUUUCGACUACAAGCGUCAAGCACGCAAGGACUCGAAAGCCCUGCACCACACUACAAAGCUGCUCACGCUCAAUCCGGAACUGUAUACCGUAUGGAACUAUCGUCGCGAGGUGCUGCUGCAUAUGUUUGCCGGUGCAGUUACAGAGGAGGCUGAAAAGGAGAAGAAGCCGGAUGUCUUCGCCAGCUUGCGGGAAGACGCUGGACCUACAACACAAGACGGUCAGGAAAAGGAGUAUGAGGAGAAGCAGGAGAGGAUAGCGAGGAAUCAACAGCUAUUGGAGGACGAUCUGAUGUUGACCGAACACGCAUUGCGCGCACACCCCAAAGUCUACUGGAUCUGGAACCAUCGCAUGUGGUGUCUGACGCAAUAUUCCACCCAAUCUGCUGCCAACACCACCUCCUCGACGGCAGACGCGACAUGGGUCUGGGAGCGCGAGCUCAAGCUGGUCGAAAAGAUGCUCGAACUCGAUCCGCGCAACUUCCAUGGCUGGAACUGUCGUCGAGCCAUCCUGCAACACCUCUCGCUCUCCCUCCUCUCCUCCGACCCUUCCACUGCUACCUUUGCUGCCGAACAGCCCUCCUUCCCCACCCUCCUCAGCCACCCGCUCAUCGUCUCUUCUGGCACAGUCAAGCCUGCACUCCUCUCCCUGGCCGAACGCGAACUCAGCUUCACGGUCAAAAAGAUCGAGAGCAAUUUCUCCAACUUCUCGGCAUGGCACCAACGCACCAAGCUCCUUCCACACGUGUGGGCGGCCAAACAGUUGAGCACCGCCCAAAUUGAUGCCCAGGUGGACGCAGAGCUCGAGCUGGUCAAGCAGGCCAUGUAUACGGACCCGGCUGAUCAGAGUGUCUGGUUCUACCACCGGUGGCUUGUCGAGCUGCUCAUCCAAGCGCAGGCCGGUAAAGAAGAGGGGACGAGGAGGCGGAGGCAGUGGACGGUGUUGAACGAGGAGAUUGGGGUGAUCGAGGAGCUGUUUGAGUUGGAACCGGAGAGCAAGUGGUGUGCGAGCAGCUUGGCACAUUACUACACGGUCUUAGCUGGGCUGUGCGGUGCAGAGGACGCAGCGGUGAAGGAUGAGGCGAGAGAAAAGGCAAAGAGGCUAUUGCUUCAGCUGAUAGAGUUGGAUCCGGAUCGCGAGCAGAGGUAUAGAGACUUGUUAGAGGGCAAAGCUCAAUUCUAG